AUAACCAGUUGUCGGAGGUGACGUGAGCCGUGUAAAUUUGUAUCUCUGCCAUUUGAUCAAUCCCUUGUACUCAACCUGUUUUAAGUUUUUGCCGAGACGGAAAGCCACACAGCCGAAGCGUGCGAGAAACCUACCACCACGUGUUUCUCUUCACGCCCCCACAAGCUUUCCACAAGAUCACUCAACGGAAACAGAUCUCAAACAAGCGUCGGGGAAGAAACAAGAACAAAAAAACUCGGAUAAGAAGUCCAGAAUCAGCUCAAAUAUAUCAUCUAUGGCCAUAAUCAAACCUCGCUCUCUCAGACAUAAAAAGCUCUGUCCUUUACCAGUUUAACUAAAGCUGAGAAGAGAGAGCAGCAGAAACCAUGCUUCGGCUACAGUUCUGCAACUACGCAAUAACUGCAACACGGUUUGCCGGAGACCAAGCUCGACGGAGUGGAAGCGUACUUCGGCUUCAAAGCUUGAGCUUUCUGCGGUCGAGAUUUUGCCAACUCUGCGUCGUCAGAGCAUUGAAAGAUGAACCAGAUGGGCGGAGCAGUGGAUUCGCCGGCCAGAGUUGGGAUCCAGGGCUGGAAAAUGAGGUUCCUUUCGAACAGAGACCCGUGAAUGAGUAUUCGUCGUUGAAGAGCAGUAUACUAUACUCGUGGGGUGAACUUAAGCCAGGAUCAUUUUUCCUGCGCCUUGGUGGCUUGUUUUUAGUGACAUUUACUGUUCUGGCAGCGCCAAUCGCUGCUGCAAGCUUUAGUCCUACUAAGGAUCCACUGAGAUUUGCGCUGGCAGCUGGGACUGGCACUCUUCUCUUGGUGUCUCUCGUUGUUCUGAGAAUAUAUUUGGGAUGGAGCUAUGUUGGAGAUAGACUACUUUCAGCGGUGAUUCCUUAUGAGGAGACGGGGUGGUAUGAUGGACAAAUGUGGGUUAAGCCACCUGAGGUUCUUGCUCGAGACAGGUUAUUGGGUUCUUAUAAGGUGAAGCCAGUGAUCAAGUUGCUGAAGCAAACAUUAGUGGUCACAGGAGCUUCGCUGGUCGCUGCAGUAUCAUUAUUCAUCUUUGCUUCCCCCGUAGAGAACUUCGUGCAUUCCGUAUUCCAAUCGAAAGAAACUUAUUCAAAUCCCCCAAUUUCUAAAGUUAAAACAAGUCUAAGCAAGAAUGAACUGCUUAGACUACCAGCGGAUGUAAUUAGAGACGAUGAGCUCGCAGCCGCAGCAGCCGAGGCUGCUGAUGGAAGGCCAGUUUACUGUAGAGACCGGUUUUAUCGUGCGCUCGCCGGAGGACAGUACUGUAAGUGGGAUGAUCUACUAAACUAGUUGUUUGAUAUUUCUCUUAGUUAAAUCUGUGAAGAAGAAGAUGAUGUAUUCUCCAAGAGCUAAAUACAAGCCAUGGAAGCUGACUUCUGCUGCUUGAGAAGAGCGCUUUGUUCAAAGUUGGAAGAUUAGCAGAAAGUCUCAUUUGUUACAGUAAGCAGUUUCUUGUUUGUGAAUAAUCUGUUAAAUUUUAUCAGAUGGUUUAUGUGAUACUUAUGAUGAGAA